GCGGGGAGGGCAAGCGUCCCAACUGUAAAACUUGUCAAGAAAGCCCGGCCCGGGGAGUGAGCGCGUGAGCAGCAGCAGCAGCACCAGCACCAGCACCGGGAGGAUUUAAAAGCUUAGGACAGAACGAGGCUUCUCUCAGUCAGUCAGUCAGUCCGGUCAGUCACGGCGGGGGGUGGUGGGGAGGAGACUGAGUUGAUGAAAGGAUCAAAGCUGCAAUCUCCACCGGCUUCGCCAGUCAGUUCAAACACGGCGCCUUCUUCGUUCGUUAACUCGGAGCCAGAUUACAGUUGAAGGAACUGGGGCCACCGUUACAAGAAAUCACAAGACCUUUUGUGAGCUGAAACAAUUUUUCAUAGUUCUGAAGAAGAACAUUGAAGCAAGAGCUUAGCAUGUAAUCAGCAUUCCCAAAACUAUCAUACUUAUGAAGCCUAGAUCUUGAAUUUUCUUAAAUUAAAAGAGGAAUUGGUAUUCUUCUGGAGCCUACAGUGGAUAUGUUUAGCAUUGUCAUAUAAUGCAACUGAAUGGAUGCAAAUGAUAUUUUAGUUGGUCUGCGUGAACACCCCUAUCAUAUUCGCUACAGAAUGGAAGCUUCCUGCUUGGAACUGGCCUUAGAAGGUGAACGACUCUGUAAAACAGGAGACUGUCGAGCUGGAGUAUCAUUUUUUGAAGCUGCAGUUCAAGUUGGAACGGAGGACCUGAAAACCCUCAGUGCCAUCUACAGUCAGCUUGGAAAUGCCUAUUUUUAUUUGCAUGAUUAUUCCAAAGCACUGGAGUACCACCAUCAUGACUUGACUCUUGCAAGAACAAUUGGUGAUCGACUGGGAGAAGCUAAAGCUAGUGGUAACCUUGGCAAUACUUUCAAGGUUUUGGGGCGCUUUGACGAAGCAGUCGUUUGCUGUCAAAGACAUCUGGACAUUUCCAGAGAACUCUGUGAUAAGGUAGGGGAAGCAAGAGCACUUUACAAUCUUGGCAAUGCAUACCAUGCUAAUGGAAAAAGUCUGGCUUGUGCAGGAACUCAGGAUCCAGGUGAUUUUUCAGAAGAGGUGAUUGUGGCUUUACAAAAGGCUUCAGGCUACUAUGAGGCAAAUUUAGCAAUAGUUAAGGAGCUUGGAGAUCGAGCAGCCCAGGGACGUGCUUACGGGAAUCUAGGAAAUACACAUUACCUUUUGGGGAGCUUCAAAAAAGCAGUGAAAUCCCACAAGGAGCGCUUAGAAAUUGCCAAGGAGUUUGGAGACAAAUCAGCUGAAAGAAGAGCAUGUAGCAAUCUGGGAAAUGCCUAUGUGUUUCUUGGUGAAUUUGCAUUGGCAGCUGAAUAUUACAAGAGAACACUGCAUCUUGCUCGACAGCUGAAAGACAGGGCUGUUGAAGCACAAGCUUGUUACAGCCUUGGAAACACUUACACUCUGCUUCAAGACUAUGAAAAGGCCAUCGAAUACCAUUUGAAACACCUUACGAUAGCACAAGAGCUUGCAGAUAGGAUUGGUGAAGGGAGAGCUUGUUGGAGUUUAGGAAAUGCUUACACAGCACUUGGAAGUCAUGAACAAGCUGUGCAUUUUGCCGAGAAGCACUUUGAAAUUUCAAAAGAGGUAGGAGAUAGAAGUGGUGAACUGGCAGCUCGGAUGAAUCUUUCAGAUCUUCAGAUGGUUUUGGGCAUUAGUUACAGUGCAAAUAAUUCCAUCUUAGUCACAGGCCAUGAACUGGAUUCAAACUUGGAAGGUGCUCGACCAAGAUUAGGGCGCCGACAAAGUAUGGAAAAAAUGGAACUAAUGAAGCUAACGCCAGAUAAGGUUCAAAACUGGAACAGUGAUGUUCUUGUGAAACAGAAACCUGCACUUUGGAAGCCAUCAGCCAAGUUGCUGUUUGUAAAUCGAUUCAGGGGCAAAAAGCAUAAAAGUAACAAUUCAUCUGCAAAAGUUCUUAAGGAUACCAGUAAUUCUGUGGUCAUAAAUGAUGCUAGAGUCCACAUUCCACAAAAGAGAAUCAAUUCCAGUAUGCUGGGAGAUGAAGGAUUUUUUGACUUGUUGAGUCGGUUCCAGAGCAAUCGGAUGGAUGAUCAACGAUGCUCAUUCACAAAGAGUCAGAAUAGGCUGACAAGGGCUGCACCAGUCUCAUCAACCCCACCUAAUACAUUAGUAGCCUCACCACAGACAGAUGAGUUUUUGGAUCUGCUUGCAAGUUCUCAGAGCCGUCGAUUAGAUGAUCAGCGUGCAAGCAUUAGUAAUCUUCCAGGCUUGCGGCUUAACCAGCAUAAUAGCCACUCUAUUCUUAGUCACCUGAUCACCAGUGGUGGCAGCAAGGAGCCAGACGAUUCUUUCUUUGAUAUGCUAGUAAAAUGUCAGGGUUCCAGGCUAGAUGAUCAGAGAUGUGCACCACCACAGCCUGUACGUAAAUGUAUUACUGUUCCUGAUGAAGAUUUCUUCAGCCUAAUCCUGCGAUCUCAGGCCAAACGGAUGAAUGAACAACGCGUCGCACUUCCCUCAAAUGUGAAGGAACAAAAGAGGGACCUCUCCCAUUGAACUGAAUAAACAUGUUUACUUAUAAUUUAAAAACUAAUUAUUCCAGGGAAAUUGAAAUUAAUGGCUUGGAUUUGGUAAAAUUCACACUGCAAUUUGGAAUGAAGACAGUCUUGUCUUCUAAGGUUCUCUUGUCCACAAGCGUACAUUGCUCUUAAGUUUUUUCAUUGUUCAGUUCCAAAUUUUAAAGGAAUUUGAAUGAUUUGGAAAAGUAGUAAAAUGGGAACAAUGUCAAUCAAUUCAUAUAUAAACUGGUCAAAGGAUAUGCCAAUGGUCUAUAUUUUUUAAACUGAGAACUUUCUUUUAUCACCGAUCUAAUGAUGAUCGUUACAGGUGAAGGAUCAUCCUGAUUUUUUUUUACAUGUUAGAUCAACAAAUAUUGACAGCUAAAUUCAUUUUUACCAAAUAUUUAGAUUUCUGUAAGCAGCAAAAAAUUGCAACUGCCUUCAUUUAAAAAAAAACAAUUUGAAAGAUGAGCAUUACCCAUUUCGGGCUUUUAGUUUUAGCUAAUUUUUGACAUUUAAUUACUACAUGAAAUCAUUGGUAUUUAUAACAGAACUACUUUCUGAUGUAAAAAAUACUUGUAACCUUAUUAAUGUAUUCUAUUGCCAGUCUUGUGUUGAUUUUCUCUCUUGCAGUUUAAUGAAGAGGUUUUCAAAGUAGAUAUAAUUUGUGGAUUUUUUUUUGUAACUGCUGCUGUAAAAAAAUGCUUUUACUUCUUGUUUGCAAAUCCAGUACUGAACAUUUAUAACUUGUUUUACAUAUAUUUGUUUUUGUGGUUGGGGUCAGUUUUUUGAGUUUUCAUAUUUACGUUUAAGGCUCCAAAUCUAUUUUCAAGUCAUUCGUUCUGUCUUUCCCUAAGGUAAAAAGAUAUGUACAUAUUUUCUAUAGUACAGUUGUAAAAGGAUUAAACAAAAAUAUUUCUCAAUCUUGUGGAAAAACUUGACUAUUCUGCAUAAUUUAACAGGACUUAUUUUUCAAAUUCAGAUCUCAAGAUAAAAAGCAAUAUAACUAGGCAUGUUGAAGAAUUGUUUUCCUACUACAGCUAUACAGCAUUUCACAUUUUGGUUUACUUUUACUUUACUUUUAUCUCGAAGUUAGAAAUGCAAUUUUGGGGUUAGUAAUGUUUCCUAAUAACAAAAUUUAUUUUUAAAAUCUUCAUAGCUUUUAUGACAAUACCUCAAUCUUGGCAUGUCAAUGUCUUAUUUCAUCAAACUACUGAAGUGAGAUAGACAGGCAUUGUAUAGUUUGAUUUUUGUUUUUGAUAAAAGGAUUCCAGGCAGCUCGGCAAAAGGAGCAAUGUGUUCUAUUCAUUAUUGGUCAAUAUAAAACACUGAAUUAAUGGUAGAAUUGAGUACUUCAUUACAUUUUUUAUAUUUUUGGGUAGGCAAGGACUACAGGUUAAUUUUUCUUAAGUGUUGAUCACUAUUGUCUUUUAGUGCAACUACUAGAUAUCAGUCGUGUUUUUUUGCAAUGAUGUGUGUUGUGGAAUCAUGACUUCAUAAUGUAUUUUUAUUACACAUGUAAUAUUAAAGUAUGCUGCCUCCAAAUUUGAAUUCUGUCACACCUGUUUAAGGAAUUGGAUAAACAAUAAAAUUACUUAGUAUGUUUUCAGU